GGGACAAACAGAACUGUUGGCCCCCAGCUGCGACUUCAGUCAGUUGAAGAUAUCACUUCCCUGUUGUCGAGUGUCGCACUGCCUGAGGUGACACGGGUAGUGAGUCGUUAUUUUACCAUAGGUAAGUUUGCUAAGUAUGCAAUAACAGUUUGGGGUGAAAGACUUCAAGCUUGUCAAGAUGCUGGCUGUCUGGCUCAGUUUGCUGGUCCUCCUGGCAGUGCCGAGGCAAAGCCUGAGGUUGUGCAGAUGUCGCAAAUCAACUUGCCCUUGAUGAGUGGUUCUGUCCGCUUGCGGUAUGAUCCCUACGAUGAGACGUGGUCCAGCUUUAAACAGCAAUAUGGAAAAUCUUACGAAAGCCAAAAAGAGGAGGAUUUGCGCAAAGAGAUCUUCCUUGACAGAGUUCAGAGCAUCGAGGCCCACAACCUUAAGUACAUCAACAAGGAAACAUCUUUUUACAUGGAUAUCAACCAAUUUUCUGAUUGGACCAGCGAGGAGUACAGACAGUACAACCGCCUCCAGAUGCCCACCUCGGAUGCAGCUUCCCAUCUGAACAGGACCACCUUCCUGCCUCCUCUCAACUUUCAGGCUCCGUCGGCGGUGGACUGGCGCUCGCAAGGCUACGUCACUGGGGUCAAGGAUCAAGGACAGUGUGGAUCUUGCUGGGCCUUCUCCUCGACUGGUUCCAUGGAGGGCCAGCACUUCCGCCUGACUGGCAAUCUUGUCUCCCUGUCAGAGCAGCAGCUGGUUGAUUGCUCCACCAGCUACGGCAACGACGGCUGUAAUGGCGGCUUUGUAUACAAAGCCUUCCUCUACAUCCAAAGCGUCGGAGGUUUGGAAUCCGAGAGCAGUUACCCCUACACUGCACGUGAUGGCAUCUGCGCCUUCAGAAGUUCAUUGAUUGUGCCGGAGACCAAGGUGCAAGGGUACCGGAACAUAGCCAUGGGCAACGAGAAUGACCUUUUACAGGCUGUGGCCUCUCAGGGACCCAUCUCUGUUGCCAUUGAUGCCAACCAUCCUUCCUUUCAAAGUUACAGUGGAGGCAUCUACGAUGAGCCUUCCUGUAGUUCCUCACAGUUGGAUCAUGGCGUGCUCGUUGUCGGUUAUGGCGGCACGACGGGUCAAGAGUACUGGAUUGUCAAGAACAGCUGGGGAACAAGGUGGGGCAAUGGCGGGUACAUACUGAUGUCCCGCAACAAGAACAACCAGUGUGGGAUAGCCACAAAUGCCGUCUACCCGGUGCUUUCAUCCGGCCUGUAAACGGUCCGAGUGGAGGAGGCGUUGUGGCGAAGGUAGAACGACUGGAACUUAACGUACAUGGAAGACGUAUUGGGUGGAGCACGCAAGACUGCUUUUGUACCCACAUUCUGUGACAUUAUAUUAAUUAGCUGAACGAAUGAACUUUGUUAUGUGUGAGAUUGCGGACGAUUUCUUUGUUACUCCGUUCCGGUCAGGUUACUCGUUACUCAACAACUUAGAAUCAGUGGAACUGCAUCCACUAGAACACUGCAGCUAGAAUGUUUCAUGUAGCCAUCAUGUAGAUGUGAACAGGUUUAUCUGAAAAUGUUUUGAAACUUUUUUCGUUGAGCCUUCUGAUUUUUUUUUUUUUUGUUGCUUUUUUUGUUUUUCAAGUAAUUUAAACGUGCGCGGAAGAUGGUUUUAUUGAGUGGUUAAUAAAAUAAUCUGAGCAGCAAGCUGUCUAAGAAAGUUCCUGCUUUUUGUGGGCACGUAGAGAGAGAGAAAGAGAGAGAGAGAGAUAAUGGAAAAGAGAGAAAAUUGAGAAUUAAAUUUUUACUCUAUCAACCCUGUCUGUAUCACUACAACGCAUCUGGCCCUGUAAACAGGUGGAACCUGCAGAGAAAAACAAAAAUCCCAGCUUCUCGAGACGAGAUGUGGAUCCAGAACAACCAAUCCUCGCUGCAUUGGUGACAAAGUGUUGAUACAUUCUGUAAUUAAACUUAACUCUCCAAAGUA